AUGAGCCAACCGCGUCUUCUACCCGCAGCUUACACCGUAGCGUGGGUGUCUGCCCUGCCUCUCGAGUCGGCAGCGGCGGCAGAAAUGCUUGAUGAAAAACACUGUGAUCCUCGAAGCCAUGGUAGCAAUACAGACCAGUAUGUUUUCGGCCAGGUAGGCAACCACAACGUCGUGAUGGCCCGUCUGCCGUCGGGCCAGAUGGGGAACAACUCAGCCGCCGACGUUGCAGGACGGCUUACAACCGCAUUCCCAUCAAUCAAGUUCGCUCUGAUGGUGGGAAUCGGCGGUGGAGUCCCAACAGCGAGUGCAGAUAUAAGACUCGGAGACGUUGUGGUCGGCCACCCGCAUUCGCAGCAUGGUGGAGUGGUCCAGUAUGACUUCGGUAAGACUGGUCCAAACGGACAAGUACACAGAACAGGGUUCAUCAACGCACCACCGAAGGUGCUCCUCAAUGCAAUCGCAAAGCUGCGAGAAAACCAUUACCGUCGGCUGAACGACGUCCCUGCACAUCUAUCGGCUUUCGACCGGUUGGCACAAUUCAGCCGAAACACAGCAGGCCCUGAUGUUCUCUUUCAAGCAGCAUACAAGCACAGUGGGGGAGACGACUGCGAGAGCUGCAACAAGGAAAUGAUUAUCGAACGGCCUAGGCGAGAAUCCAAAGAAGUGAUAAUUCAUUAUGGCACAAUUGCGUCGGGAAACCAGGUGAUGAAGGACGGUGUGACCAGGGACAGGAUAAGUGUUGAGCUCGGCGGAGUGUUGUGCUUUGAGAUGGAGGGAGCUGGUCUGGCCGGUGCAUUUCCAUCUGCGGUGAUUCGUGGCAUCUGUGACUAUGCCGAUUCGCACAAGAAUAAGAGUUGGCAGCCGUAUGCUGCCGCGACAGCGGCGGCAUUUGCCAAAGAAUUGCUGAGGGUCGUCCCCGCAGAAGAGAUCGCCAAGACAAAUAUCUCUGGGAGAAUAAGCGGCACCGAAAAGUACCGAGUCUCAUUCAGUCUCAAAGGCAUUCCUCGAGGUAGAUUUGCGGAUAGGCCGGAAGAAAUGAGACGUUUAGAACAAGUUCUUUUGCCACAUAGACAAGUUCAAUCAGAAGACUAUCGACAGCAAGUGGUGGUGCUGCAUGGCCUCGGCGGAAUAGGUAAGACUCAGCUUGCUGCCGAGUUUGCCAGGAAGCACCAGGCUGCGUUCACGUCGGUAUUCUGGUUGGAUGGAAGCAGCGAAGAUAGUCUAAAGCAAAGCAUUGCCGAUUAUUCAGGUCGUAUUCCAGAAGGGCAGAUUCCCGAGACAAGUAGGAAAUACUCGUCUAGCGCGAAUGGUGACCUUAAGGCUGUUAUCAAUGAUUUCAUGGAGUGGCUGAGCAAAACGGAGAACAAGCACUGGCUGAUUAUAUUUGAUAACGUGGACCGCGACUACCAGCAAGAGAACGAUAUCAACGCCUAUAGUGUCAGCAACUACAUACCGGAGGUUGAUCACGGAUUGAUUCUGAUUACAACGCGGCUUGCGAACCUCCAACACCUUGGUGAAACUUUGCAGUUAGAGACUGUUGACAUGAGCCAAGCGCAGGCUAUCUUUCGAAAGUGGUACAAUCAAGAUUUUGAUCCGAAUGACAGCAAUGAGCUACUUCGACUGCUUGAUGGACUACCUCUAGCUCUAGCCCAGGCGGCAGCCUAUAUGAGCGAGACGGGGGCGAGCUUCAGUACGUACACGAGGCUAUACAAAGAGCGGUGGAAGGAUCUAAUGGAGAUUGAGAACACGGCGCCACUGAGAAACUAUGGGAACCGCAGCAUAAACACGACGUGGACAGUCUCAUAUAAUGCAAUACGCGCCAAGGAUGAGGCCGCAGCAAAUCUUCUUCUGCUAUGGGCCCACCUUGAUCAUAAAACGCUGCCGUUCUGGAUUCUUCAAGCUGGCGCACAUGGGUCUAGUGCGUUGGCUAAAAAUUUGUCGGCAUGGCUGAGAGACGCCGCCGCCGAUGAAGUAGGAUUCUUGCAAGUAGUUCGACUUCUACGGAGCUAUUGCUUGAUUGACAGCCUACGUGGGAGUUCCACCCAUGGUACUCAUCCUGUAGUGCACGAGUGGGCAUUUCACAUACAAGAUAAACAUCAACGAGCAGAGCUAUCACGACUAGCAGUUCUCGUGAUUGGAUAUGCUGUUCCAGAUAAACAUGCGACAGAAUAUCACCAGAAGCAGCGGCAGUUAUUUGCACACGCUGAGUCUUGCAUAGAAAGAAUGGAGCGAGCAACAGCGGAUACAAUGACAGAAGUAAAUGAGGAGGUAUCAUAUGCACUACAUAUGAUGGGUAUACUAUUAUCAGAUCGAGGCAACCUAGGAAAGGCGGAGAAGAUGUACCAGCGAGCGCUCGAAGGCUAUGAGAAGGCCUGGGGACCUGAUCACACAUCAACACUCGACACUGUUAACAACCUAGGCCUUCUCUACGCCGACCAGGGGAAGCUGACAGAUGCUGAGAAGAUGUACCAGCGAGCGCUAGAAGGCUAUGAGAAGGCCUGGGGAUCUAAUCACACAUCGACACUCGAUACCGUCAACAACCUAGGCAACCUCUACAAAAACCAGGGGAAGCUGGCAGAUGCUGAGAAGAUGUACCAGCGAGCUCUGGAAGGUAAGGAGAAGGCCUGGGGACCUGAUCACACAUCAACACUCGACACUGUCAAUAACCUAGGCCUUCUCUACGCUGAUCAGGGGAAGCUGGUAGAUGCUGAGAAGAUGUACCAGCGAGCGCUCGAAGGCUAUGAGAAGGCCUGGGGACCGGAUCACACAUCAAUACUCAACACCGUCAAUAACCUAGGCCUUCUCUACGCUGAUCAGGGGAAGCUGGAAGAUGCUGAGAAGAUGUACCAGCGAGCGCUGGAAGGCAAGGAGACGGCCUGGGGACCUGAUCACACAUUAACACUCGACACUGUCAACAACCUAGGCCUUCUCUACGCUGAUCAGGGGAAGCUGGUAGACGCCGAGAAGAUGUACCAGCGAGCGCUGGAAGGCAAGGAGAAGGCCUGGGGACCUGAUCACACAUCGACACUCGAUACCGUCAACAACCUAGGCCUUCUCUACACCAACCAGGGGAAGCUGACAGAUGCUGAGAAGAUGUACCAGCGAGCGCUAGAAGGCUAUGAGAAGGCCUGGGGACCUGAUCACACAUCAACACUCGACACUGUUAACAACCUAGGCCUUCUCUACGCCAACCAGGGGAAGCUGGUAGACGCUGAGAAGAUGUACCAGCAAGCGCUGGAAGGCAAGGUGAAGGCCUGGGGACCUAAUCACACAUCGACACUCGACACCGUCAACAAUCUGGGCAACCUCUACGCCGGCCAGGGGAAGCUGACAGAUGCUGAGAAGAUGUACCAGCUAGCGCUCGAAGGCUAUGAAAAGGCCUUGGGACCUGAUCAUAUAUCGACACUCGGAAUCGUCAAUAAUCUAGGCAACCUCUAUGUCGACCAGGGGAAGCUGACAGACGCUGAGAAGAUGUACCAGCGAGCGCUAGAAGGCAAGGUGAAGGCCUGCGGACCUGAUCACACAUCGACACUCGACACCGUCAACAACCUAGGCCUUCUCUACGCUGAUCAGGGGAAGCUGGUAGAUGCUGAGAAGAUGUACCAGCGAGCGCUCGAAGGCUAUGAGAAGGCCUGGGGACCUGAUCACACAUCAACACUCGACACUGUCAAUAACCUAGGCCUUCUCUACGCUGAUCAGGGGAAGCUGGAAGAUGCUGAGAAGCUGUACCAGCGAGCGCUGGAAGGCAAGGAGACGGCCUGGGGACCUGAUCACACAUCAACACUCGACACUGUUAACAACCUAGGCCUUCUCUACGCCGACCAGGGGAAGCUGACAGACGCUGAGAACAUGUACCAGCGAGCGCUUGAAGGUUACGAAAAGGCCCUCAGGCCGGAUAAUAUUCUAUCGUACGUUCCUGCGCUUAAUAAUGCCUAUAGCUAUGGUAUGCUCCUCGAGGAUAAGGGCCGCUUAAGAGAUGCCAAGUUAAUGUACACAAGAGCACUUAGCGGGUAUAAGCUUGUCUUUGGAACUAACUAUUGCUGGUACCAGGCAGCCCAGGAGCGCCUCAAGAACCUGGAUAGCUCUGAAGAUUUUCCCUCUACUUCGCCAUCAGCCGCUACUCGGCUUAAUCUUAGUGUAACAGACAUUUUACCUAUGGGAGGAUAG